AUGACGGGCAAAGCGGGCGCGGAGCUGGCCCCCAGCCUGCCCGGUAAGCCCAAGCUCGACGGCGCGGCCGCCGCCCCGCCGCCGCCUCCGCCGCCCCCUGCGGCGGGGUCCAAGCCUAGCUCCGGGCCCACCCCUCCCCGCUGCACCGGCUUCGGCAUCCAGGAGAUCCUGGGCUUGAACAAGGAGCCGCCGUCGCACCCUCGGGCCGCCCUGGACUCGCUGCCCGCCGGGCACCUGCUGGCGGCCCGCUCCGUGCUCAGCCCCGCCGGGGUGGGCGGUGUGGGCAUGGGGCUGCUGGGGGCCGGCGGCAUCCCCGGCUUCUACACGCAGCCCACCUUCCUGGAGGUGCUCUCCGACCCCCAGAGCGUCCACCUGCAGCCCCUGGCCCGGGCCCCCGGGCAGCUGGACAGCAGCCAGACAGCCAGCUCAGAUUCCGAAGAUGUCUCCUCUAGCGACCGGAAAAUGUCCAAAUCCUCCCUAAACCAGAGCAAGAAACGAAAGAAGAGGCGACACAGGACAAUCUUCACAUCCUACCAACUGGAGGAGCUGGAAAAGGCCUUCAAUGAGGCCCACUAUCCUGAUGUAUAUGCUAGAGAGAUGCUGGCCAUGAAAACAGAGUUGCCAGAAGACAGGAUACAGGUUUGGUUCCAGAACCGUCGGGCCAAAUGGCGGAAGAGGGAGAAGUGCUGGGGCAGGAGCAGCGUGAUGGCUGAGUACGGGCUCUACGGUGCCAUGGUGCGUCACUCCAUCCCACUGCCCGAGUCUAUCCUCAAGUCUGCCAAGGAUGGCAUCAUGGAGUCCUGCGCCCCUUGGCUCCUGGGGAUGCACAAAAAGUCUCUGGAGGCAGCGGCUGAGGCGGGGAGGAAGACGGAGGUGGAGCGCCAGGCCCUGCCCAAGCUUGACAAGGGUGACAAGGAAGAGAGGGGCCCGGAUCCCAAAACCACCAUUUCCCAGGAGGAACUGAGAGAAAACAGCAUUGCCGCCCUCAGGGCCAAAGCUCAGGAGCACAGCACCAAAGUCCUGGGGACCAUCGCCGGGGACACCCCGGCCCCGGGCAGGAAGCCGGAGACAGGGGAGGAGGCAGCAGCGGCUGAGGAUGAGAGGCAGAUGGAGAAGCUGAACUCGUCGCAGAAGGAGGAGAAGCUGAUCUAGGAGGGGGGAACAGGCGGUGGAAGCCAGCGCUGAGAGACACUGUGUCUUC